AACAUCUGCGAUUCAUCUGGCCUCUUCAGGUGAGCUGAUAAACUAAAACUGACAUAUUGUUUACAAAUUCCAAACGCACGUUUAUUUAUUUAAAAAUAAAUAAUAUUGUUACUUCAACAAUGGCUGAUAGUAAGGGUUUAUCAAAAACAUCAAAAAGAAGAUGUCAAAAUGUCAGUGACAAUGAGGAUGGAUCUGCAACACCUUUAAGAAAAAGUACUCGAGCUACAAGAUCAAGGAGUGUUACCAAUGACAAUGAGACAUCUCCAACAUCUGAAGAAUCAACUGGUUGGAAGAGACGAUUGAGAAGAACAAAAAGUUCAAAUGAUAAUUCAUCAACAAGUCCAUCAAAAAAUUUUAAAAGAGAUACCAAGGUUAAUAAUGAAGAUAGUGAUGAUGAAGCAAAUUUUAAUUUGAGUCCAUUAAAAGAAGAACUUGAAAAUGAACUUAAAAAUAUUGAAGAAGAUACACAAAAAGCUUCUGAAUUAUUUCUUGAUGAAGAAGAUGUUAGUGGAAAUAAAAUAUAUGGUUUUCAAACACCAUCAAAAAAAAAUGCAAUGAUACAAAAAGCAUUAUUAUCAAGAACACCAACAACAACAACAACUAAAAUUGAUCCAAAAAUUACAAAAAUUGCUUGUGUAUUAACUGAAAAAAUAAAUAUACCACCAACAACACCAAAAUCAAGUAAAAAAAAAUUACCAAAAAUAUUAGAGGCGUCUAAAACUCCAGUACGAUCAACAAGAUCAAGUCAUCCACAAAUUCAUUUUGCAAGUGAUUCAGAUGAAAGUAUAUCUGAAGACAGUGAAUUUAUUCCAACUGAUGAAGAUGAUGAUGACGAUGACGAUGAUGGUGAUGGUGAUAUUAAAAGUGAAGAAGAAAAAGAUCAUUCAAAUGAUGAUGAACCAGAUGAAAAUAGUAGUCCAAAAAGAAAACUUUUGAAAAAUCAAUUGGUACCAAUAACACCUUGUAGACGAGGAAGAUCAAGAAACAAAAUUAUUUAUAAUGAAUAUCAUAUGAAAACAGAUGAUUAUUUUGCAUCACAAUCUGAGCGAGCAGUUACAUCAGAUAAUACCUUAAAUCGUUUAAAAAAUCCACGUCUUGAUGAAGAUAAAUUAAAGGAAUUAUUAAUUAAUAAAGAUCAUAUAUCAAAAGAACACAAAGAUGGUAUUUGUGAACUUGCAAAUAAUUGUAAAUCACACUUUAAAAUGUGGCAUUAUAUUAUGGAAGAAGGUUACAGUCUUCUUCUUCAUGGUCUUGGUUCAAAAAGAAAUAUUAUUCAUGAAUUUCAUGAUGUAAUGUUAUCUGAUCAUCCAACAUUUGUUGUUAAUGGAUUUUUUCCAAGUUUAACAAUCAAAGAAAUACUUGAUGGUAUUAUAAAUGAUGUACUUGAAAUUGAUUGUCCAGCAAAUCAAAAUGAUUGUUUUAAUUUAAUUGAUAAAACAAUGAGAGAUAAUCCAGAUGAUAAAUUAUAUUUAUUAAUUCAUAAUAUUGAUGGUGUUAUGUUGAGAUCAAAUAAAGCACAAGAUGUAUUAUCACGUCUUGCUGCUAUUCCAAAUAUUAAAUUAAUAGCAUCAGUUGAUCAUAUUAAUGCACCAUUACUUUGGGAUAAUGUUAAAAAAUCAAGAUAUAAUUUUUAUUGGUGGGAUGCAACGACAUUUGUACCAUAUGAAGCUGAAACAAUGUAUGAAAGUUCAUUACUUGUACAACAAAAUGGUGCACUUGCUUUAUCAUCACUUCAUAAUGUAUUUGCAUCAUUAACUAAAAAUGCUAAAGCAAUUUAUACAAUAUUAGUUAAAUAUCAAAUUGAAAAUGGUAAAGGUAAUCAUUAUUCUGGUAUGGCUUUUAAAGAUUUAUAUCUUGGUGCUAGAGAAAAUUUUUAUGUUAAUUCUGAUGGUGCAUUGAGAGCACAGCUGACUGAAUUUAUUGAUCAUAAACUUGUUAAAACUAAAAGAAGUGCUGAUCGUGGUGAGUAUCUCAUUAUUCCAAUAAGUAAUGUAAUUUUAAGUAAAUUUUUAGAAGAUCAUGAAACUACAUGAAUCUUUUUGUUUUUUUUUUCAAUU